AUGAUUUAUCCUAGUUUAAGUAUUUAGGAUUUUACCAAAUAGAAUGAAUUAUCAAAAUUAAAAGAGUUGAAUAAAUUCAAGACUAAUCAUUUUACUCAUGAACUUCGAACUCCUCUUCAUAGUGCUACUAUAUUUUAAAAUCAGCCCCAAAAUUUGAAUUAGAAUAAAUUAUAUAGGAAUAAUAUUUAUAACCCUUUCUGUGAUAAUAUUGAUUGCAGUCUGAUAAAAGCAAAAUUAUUAGAUUCGAAAUUCAGUUAAUUUAAACUUUCAAAAAUAAUAAACGAAAUAACUCAGUAAUUGAAAUUUAAAUUCUAAUUUAAAUAAAUUGGCCUUGCUUUUACACCUUUUUCUCUAUUCAUUCCAAUUACAACAGAUUAUUAAAGAUCAUUUUUAAGACUUAACAAAUAAAAUUAAAAUUUGCUUGCUGUUCUUAAAAAAAUUUAUCUAAGAGAGCAUAGAAAGUCUUAAUAAAAAAAAUUAGAAUUUUCAUUAAAGGAAGAAGGGAUAGGAAUAAAAACAAUAACUAAAUCAAAUAAAUGCUUUUAGGAUAUAACUAAAUUGAAUCUAUUGGGAAAGAGUAUGAAACAACAGUUUCUUUUAUGA